AUGUCCUCCCAGUCCAGCGGGUGCCACAGCGAGGGCUCCAGUUGCCACGGGAGUGGCUCCUCCAGUUACCAGGCCCAGGGCUCCUCCUGCUGCGGGGGCAGCGGGGGCUCCGGCAAAGUCAUCAUCAGCUCUGGUGGUGGAGGUGGAUCCUGCUGCAGUGGGGGCUCCUCUGGAUACGGGAUAGGAGGGGGAUACGGUGGUGGCUCUUCAGGAUCAAAGAGCAUCAUUGGAGGGGGAAGCAGUGGAGGAUACUCAGGUUGUGGCAUGGGAGGAGGGUACGGUGGUGGCUCUUCAGGAUCAAAGAGCAUCAUUGUAGGUGGAGGUAGUGGGGGUUCCUCUGGAUGCUGCAGUGGAGGAUCCAGCUAUGGGAUGGGUGGAGGAUAUGGUGGAUCUUCAGGAUCAAAGAGCAUCAUUGGAGGUGGAGGUUCCUCUGGAUACUGUGGUGGAGGAUCCAGCUAUGGGAUGGGAGGAGGAUAUGGUGGAUCUUCAGGAUCAAAGAGCAUCAUUGUAGGUGGAGGUAGUGGGGGUUCCUCUGGAUGCUGCAGUGGAGGAUCCAGCUAUGGGAUGGGUGGAGGAUACGGUGGUGGAUCUUCGGGAUCAAAGAGCAUCAUUGGAGGUGGAGGUUCCUCUGGAUACUGUGGUGGAGGAUCCAGCUAUGGGAUGGGUGGAGGAUAUGGUGGUGGCUCUUCAGGGACAAAGGUUAUCAUUGGAGGGGGAAGCAGUGGAGGUUCCUCUGGAUGCUGCAGUGGAGGAUCCAGCUAUGGGAUGGGUGGAGGAUAUGGUGGAUCUUCAGGAUCAAAGACCACCAUCAUUGGAGGUGGAGGUUCCUCUGGAUACUGUGGUGGAGGAUCCAGCUAUGGGAUGGGUGGAGGAUACGGUGGUGGAUCUUCAGGAUCAAAGACCAUCAUUGUAGGUGGAGGUAGUGGAGGUUCCUCUGGAUACUGUGGUGGAGGAUCCAGCUACGGGAUGGGCGGAGGAUAUGGUGGAUCUUCAGGAUCAAAGAUCAUCAUUGGAGGGGGAAGCAGUGGAGGUUCCUCUGGAUGCUGCAGUGGAGGAUCCAGCUAUGGGAUGGGAGGAGGAUGCAGCAGCGGCUCCUCAGGCCAGACCAUCAUCAUCAGCUCUGGAGGGGGCAGCGGAGGCUACUCCCAGCAGAAAUGUCCCAUUGUCAUCCCCAGCGUGGUGUCCCACCAGUGCAAGCAGAGCUCCUACUGGCCCUGCCAGCAGAAGUAA